AUGGCUACUGGAAGUACGUCAAAGUUCAGACACAUAUUUGAGAAAGAUGAGGACGACAUCAUAUUAACUAUUAACGCCUCAGCUUCCAGCCUUAAGAAGAAACAAGUGUGGCUGCUGGAACCCGUGGGUGAAGAGGCAGUGCUGCUGCGGAGCCACUUAGGCCGAUACCUCUCCGCGGACAAGGACGGACGCGUAUCCGGCAAGACCGAAGCCCCCGACUCGGAGUGCCGCUUCCUAGUAAGCGCACAGGGUGAUGGCCGUUGGGUGCUGCAGUCUGAGGUGUACGGCCGAUACCUAGGCCGUUCGGAAGACCGAAUCAGCUGCUUCUCGCCCUCUAUAUCAUCAGCCGAGAAAUGGGCUAACCAAGAUGAAGAGAGCGAUCAAGAGACAUUCCAACUGGAAAUCAAUACGGACACAAAGAAGUGUGCCUUUUGGACUCAUACUGGGAAAUACUGGACAUUGUCAAGUAAUGGUGGAAUCCAAGCAACUGCUUCAACUUUGAAUGACAAUUGUUACUUUAGCAUUGAUUGGUGUGAUCGGCGGAUUACUUUGAAGGCAGCAAAUGGAAAGUUUGUCAUUGCCAAGAAAAAUGGACAGCUGGCUGCAUCUGUGGAUUCUCCUGAAUCUGAACAAUUCUUGAUGAAACUCAUUAACCGUCCUCUAAUUGUCCUUCGAGGAGAACAUGGAUUCAUUGGGUGUCGUAAAAUGACUGGUACCCUAGAUUGUAACCGAUCAAUUUAUGAUGUUUUUCAACUGGAAUUUAAUGAUGGGGCAUACAACCUUAAAGAUUCCACACAAAAAUACUGGACCGUGGGAAAUGAUACUUCUGUUACUAGCAGUAGCCCAUCUCGGGUAGAUUUCUUUUUUGAGUUCUUUGACCAGAACAAGAUUGCAAUCAAGGUGAAUGGCCUCUAUCUGAAGGGAGACCAUGCUGGUGUUCUUAAAGCCAAUGCAGAGUCAAUUGAUUCCUCUACAUUAUGGGAGUAUUAAGCACCUGUAAACCUGUGGCCUAAAUCCAUAGUUUUUCUCUGGUCUUUCAAUACACAUCCUGUGUUUCUUGUGCCUAUGUCUUUCUCAGCAGGACAUUGCAUAUGCAUAACGCUUUGGUUGUUGAAAGGUGAACUCUUGUUUGCAGAUAUAUUUUAUUUACCAAAAUUACUCUGUCAAAUAAAAUAU